AUCAAUGUCAUGUGACAAAACAAAUUCAAGGGCCUUGAAGGCUGUCAACUGUAUAUAACCUGUACAAAUAUAAUCUACUUGAUUGAUUUUUUUUAUAAAAUGGAGUAAUAAGCAGUUUACAACAGUUUUGUAUAAAGAUGGCAUCUGUAGGAAGUACAAAUGCAUCAGACGAAAUAUUUGACUUCAUGUGUAGAGUUUGUAAACGUAAUGGUAAACAUUGUGAGGGGGAGAAAUACUGCGAGCAAUGUCAGGAUUACUUCUGUUUGACUUGUGUCAAGGUACAUGAUGACAUCCCAUCACUAACUAGGCAUACAAUAUUGGAUAAAGAACACUUCCCAAGGGAACCGACAAAAAAGGACACGGUCAGUAAAUCUGUGUUAGAGGCACCAACAGAAAGGUGUGAGAGACAUAGUCAUCAUUUCAUUGACAUGUACUGUCAAAAUCAUGAUGAUGUUGGGUGUGGAACAUGCAUGGCAGUAAACCAUAGAUUAUGCAAAGAUAUUUUCUAUAUACCAGAAUAUGUUGAAAACAAAAGAAGACUUGCUAGAACUACUGAAAUGGAACACAAACUUAAUGAAGUUAUCAAAAGCAUUACUGAGCAACUUGAUAUCUUUAAAAGAGAAAAAUCAAGAAUCCUGAAAUCAAGAGAAGAGACCUUAGAAGUGGUGAAAAAGUUCAGAAAAGAAAUCAAUGACAGGCUAGAUGAGCUUGAAAAAGCAAGUGUCGCUGAUAUAUCUGGUCAGUAUGCAGUCCUUGUUGACAUUGUAGACAAAGGAAUGACAAUGCUUGAGACAAAUAAACUCAAAGUUAAAAAUAGCCUUGAUGUGCUUUCAGCUGACAGUGACCAAAUAACCCAGAAUUUUGUAAAUAUUAAGAAGUCAAAAAAGGUGGCCACUGAAAUUAUUGAUGUUCUUGAACAAAACAAACUCCCCAUACAAUCCAAGAAUAUUGACUUUGCUGCUGAUAUAAGAAUAUCAUCUUUGUUAAAAGAGAUAAAUGCUCUAGGAAAAGCAUUACAACAAGUUACAACAAGAAAUGAAGAUUUGAAAACCAUGACGAGUCCAGAUUUGAAAACCGCGGCAAGUCCAGAUUUCAAAACCGUGGCAAGUCCAGAUUUGAAAACCGUGGCAAGUCCAGAUUUGAAAACCGAGGCAAGUCCAAAUUUGAAAACUGUGGCAAGUCCAAAGGAAGAGGGUUUAUAUAAGACCACACAGGUAAAGAAAUAUUGUGUGAGAGGUAGGGCAGACAAAUUUGACUGUAGCAUACUUACAGCUUGUACAAUGGAAGAUGGCACGAUUAUAUUGGCAGAAGGCCGUAACAACAAAAUAAAACGCUUGAAUGGUUCAACAUUUGCUGUCAGAGACUCCUGUGAUAUGCCUGGUAAACCAUGGCAAGUGUGUAGUAUCAGGAAUGAUCAGGUUGCUGUAAGUUUGCCCCGUAAAGAGAAAGUUCUGUUUGUUUCUCUAGCCAACAGAAUGAGUGUAACACAAAACAUAUCAACAGGUUUCAACUGUCAUGGUCUUGCUCACACUGAGGGCAAUCUAUACAUUUCUGACAGAUUUUCAGCAGUUUAUGUAUACAACAUGAUGGGUGGACAACUACAAAAAUUCACUAAGGAUCCUCCGAGGAGGGAAAUGUCAUAUGCCAUUCGUAGCCUGGCUGUAACUGAAGAUGCUUCAAAAGUUUUUGUUGCUGGCUGGAAUAAUGGGCUGAUUGUUUUAGACAACCAAGGAAAAGUUGUAGGAAAAUUUAAUGGUCCACAAUUAGAUGGGGCCUGGGACUGUCAUCUGACAGGUAGGGGAAGUCUACUAAUGUCUAACAAUAUCUCAAAUAAUGUGCUACAAUUCGGAUUGGAUGGUAAACUGAGAGGUGAAGUUGUGAGAUUUACUGACCAGAAUGGCAGUUACAAAGGACUCUGUUGCAAUAAAGAAAUGACCAAAAUGAUAAUAGGGAAAUCUGGAGAUGAGAUUGAAGUAUAUGACUUAAUGUAACACAGUAUGCAAUAAAUACAAUGAAUGUAAAAUCUACAAAAACAGAUUCUUGACUAUAUCAUAACAGUUUUUGAUUUUCAAUGUACUUUUAAUACAAUUCUGAUUUGACUAAAAUAAA